GCUUUCAAAUGGAUGGGUUACAUGCAUGAGUGGGUAAUAAAUUUGUAAAUACGUAUACACAUACUAUCUAAGCAUACGAAAAACGAUUUUAAGCUUUCCAGUUAAAAUUAACACAUAAUUUUGAUUAAAAAGCUGUUCAAAAUAACUCGUUAUAAGAAAUGAUACAUAGUCUGUUCAUUAUCAACUCAUCAGGAGAUGUAUUUAUGGAGAAACAUUGGAAAAGUGCAGUUGCAAGAUCAUUGUGCGAUUACUUUUUUGAUCAACAGAGAAGAGUUUUAUCUCCAGAGGAUACACCACCAGUAAUAGCAACACCUCAUCAUUAUCUUAUUAGUAUAUACAGAUGUAAUAUGUUCUUUGUUGCAGUAUGUAUGACAGAAGUUCCACCAUUAUUUGUAAUUGAAUUUUUACACAGAGUAGUGGACACUUUUGAAGAUUAUUUCAGCGAAUGUACAGAAACUAUCAUAAAAGAAAAUUAUGUGGUUGUAUAUGAAUUAUUGGAUGAAAUGUUGGACAAUGGUUUUCCAUUAGCUACAGAAUCUAACAUCUUAAAAGAACUUAUUAAACCUCCAAAUAUUUUAAGAACUAUUGCAAAUACUGUUACAGGCAAAUCUAAUGUUAGCGCGAUAUUGCCAAGUGGACAACUAUCUAACGUACCUUGGAGACGUACUGGUGUUAAGUAUACAAAUAAUGAAGCCUAUUUUGAUGUUGUGGAAGAAGUGGAUGCUAUUAUUGAUAGAACAGGUGCAACAGUAUUUGCUGAAAUCCAAGGCUAUAUUGACUGUUGUAUAAAGUUAAGUGGUAUGCCAGACUUAACUCUUUCUUUUAUGAAUCCUAGAUUAUUUGAUGAUGUCAGUUUUCAUCCUUGCGUUCGGUUUAAAAGAUGGGAGUCGGAACGAAUAUUAUCUUUCAUUCCACCGGACGGUAAUUUCCGUCUUCUUUCUUAUCACAUAGGAUCGCAAAGUAUUGUAGCAAUUCCAAUAUACGUAAGACACAACAUUAGUCUUAAAGAACCAGGAGGUGGUAGAUUAGAUAUAACUGUGGGACCAAAACAAACCAUUGGCAGAACUGUAGAAAAUGUUACAUUGGAAAUUCCUAUGCCAAAAAUAGUAUUGAAUUGUACAUUGACUCCUAAUCAAGGAAAAUAUUCGUUUGACCCUGUUAGUAAAAUAUUAUUGUGGGAUAUUGGGAGAAUAGAUGUUUCCAAAUUGCCAAAUUUAAGAGGCUCGAUUACUAUCCAAAGUUCUGCAAGUGUAUUGGAGUCUAAUCCUGCAAUUAAUGUUCAUUUUACAAUAAAUCAGUUAGCAGUUUCUGGCUUAAAAGUUAAUCGACUAGAUAUGUAUGGAGAAAAAUAUAAACCAUUUAAAGGGGUUAAAUACAUUACUAAAGCUGGUAAAUUUCAAAUAAGAAUGUAAAUUCAAAAAACAAGUAAAAGUAUGAAAUAUUUUUCACAUCAAUAAUGAGAUUAAAUAUCUAUCUAAUAAUUUAUAAAGGUCCAAAUAAACUCCAGUAAAAUGAGCUUGCUUUGUUCUUGUUUAUAACAUAUAUGUGAAUGAUGUUAAAAAAAAAAUAAAAACAAAAGAUAAAAUAAAAUUUAUCCAUUGAACGUACCGAUAAUGUAUAAUAAUAAUCAUAUAUGUCACGUAUUUUAAAAAUUAAUUUUAUUAACAAAGUAUGUCUCGUAAAAAAUCUUAUGUAACAUGUAACUUUUAAUACGCAAUUUGUAAAUUAUUCACCUUAAAUUGUUAUUUAUUUACAGAAAUAAUUAACUAUGUUGCAGGUUGAUAGUUUAAUAAUUUUUUAGCUUCUAGAUCUUCCCAUGUCUGAUGCGUUGCGUAUGUAAAUAAACGUUCCAUGUUAGUAGCAUAAAUAGUAUGGCUAUUGACAAGAUUUUUGUAUAUCUGUUUAUGAUAGAACAGUAUUAGAUAAUAUUAAAACAGUAUUUUGAAUCAUCAA